AUGGAAAACGAUCAGAAGCCGAAAGCCAAAUCAAUGACAAACUGUAAUGUGACAUCCCGGCCAUUGCUUGAAGGAAAGACACAGGGAGAGAAAGGAAGAUACAUACCUAAUUUUAGGUUCAAUCAAAUGGAAUCAAUUAAUAAGUAUGUUAGUGAUGAGGCCUUAAAAUCCUCACUGCUGAGUCAGCUUCUGUCCUCACUGAAUCAGAAGCAAUCUAACUUUCAAAACAAGGAAAUCUCAUGA